AUAACAGAGGGCGCGCGGUAUAGACGCCUAACAUGUGCUAACGGUGGUUAAUCAAAUAUUUUAAAUAAAUCGAAAACGAACAAUAAGUUCCAGUUGAAAUGGCAGUCGGACUACCGAUAUUGCUGAUCGCAUUGUAUGCCUGCGCCUGCGCCGCGGAGCGCUGGCGGUGGCCGGAAGCAGCGUCAUCAGUUAGAAUUGACACCAAAGUCCAUUUCAUCGAUGCUAAGUCAGAGGAUGAUCAAGACAAAAAUAGAAACAGCGCGGUACAAUCCGACGAGCCUCAAUUCGUGGAGGCGACCAACACUGAAGGGUUUUACAACCGGCCGCCGGGCAUAGGUCGCUACCCGGUGCGUGUGGAGACGCCACGGGCUCCCUACAGGGUCGACCCGGGUUCAAUCUACAACCUGAGGAAGUCGCAACAACACUAUUCGGAUGGAACUUUGGAUUCGAUGCAGUACUGCAAGUGUGUCUCCACGCCAGAAUGCAGCCCUAAUAUCGACUCCGCAAAAGCUUGCGGUUCUGGCAAAUUCCUGUGUUGCUACAAACAACCAAACAAGAAUCAACUACAAAAUUCAGAAAUCUUCAACGAAGUUGACGAUGAGCGGCCUUUCCUACUACCGGGCCAGGGCGAGCGAGCUGGUCCUUUCCCCUCACCACCCGGCACAGCUCUAGAUGGCUCCUUUGGUCCGGGACUUGGACACGAAGCCGCUAUUCUCGGCGCCUCCGUAGGCCCAGGGAAGAAGCCAGUACUCGUCGGACCAGGAGGACCAACCGGAAUCAUUGGACCAGCACCCAACCACGCCAGCUUAAAUCCAACUGGCACUUUUAGCCCGGACCAACCCAAUCAAGGAGUUUUAGUCGGCCCCGAUGGCCCUACUGGAGUCAUAGGGCCGAACAGAGGUGUCUUAGCCGGUCCCGGAGGACCAACGGGAGUCAUAGGGCCAAAUAGAGGCGUUCUGACUGGCCCAGGUGGUCCUACUGGCAUAAUAGGACCAGCCCCAAACAAAAAGGGCUAUUACUUAUCAAACUAUGAUGGACAACAAUCUGAAUCAGCUCAGAGAGGUGUCUUAGUCGGUCCUGGCGGUCCUACAGGUAUAAUAGGUCCAGCAGGAUUUGGGAGGCGACCUGUCCUUGUUGGUCCAGGUGGACCAACAGGAAUAAUUGGACCGUACGGCAGAAUGAAUCGACCCGUACUCGUCGGACCUGGUGGUCCAACUGGGAUGAUUGGCCCACCACGCCGCUACUACGGUAAAUAAUGUGUGUGCAGUGACUAAUAAACUGGUCGUCAUGGAAAAUGACGAUACUGCUUGCCUAAAGACUUGUGCCUUCAAGUGUGUGUAAAUAAUACUGUAGGAUAGUUUCGGUUUAAUGCUGCUUACCCAGCUGAUGCGAGUUACCAAUCAAUGUGAUAAAUCUAAUUGUAAGUCAGUUAAUAUGCCCUUCGCAGGCUGCUCCAGAUCAAAGGCGAAUUCAACAAUGACGACAGUUGAACGUAAUAAUAAGCCAUGUACGAAAACCCAUUGAUGACUUUAUAGUAUAAAAUACUUUUGUUGCAUUCAAAUAUUGUCUUUUAUUCACC